GAACUCAUGAGUUUGGAAUACGGGGCUUGGAGUCGCUCAGCAUACAUGUACUCUGAUAUAAGUGUUGGUAGUCUUCAUGGGAGAGUCGACUGUCCUGCAAGUGAGAAAGCCUCAUCCGAGUCAUUCCCUCCCGAAAACUCUCAUAUCAUCGAUACAAGAGAGCAUUCCACGGCAAUCAUGCUUCUCCCACUUGCAUGCCUCAUCGGCGGGGCUUUGGCGCAGUUUGGCAACAAUGGAGCUCCGGCACGCUGCUGGAAAUUUCCUGAUGUCACCUACCCGGAUGGCAUCUCCCCCAACCCCGAUGCCGUGGCUGGUGCCCAGUCUGACCAGAACUCGCCUCCAAAGUACCCCAGUCCAUGGGGCAGUGGUGACGGCGACUGGGCGGAGGCGUACAAGAAAGCCAUUGAAGUCGUCAAGCAAUUGACUUUGGAGGAGAAGGUCAACCUGACUACAGGUUCUGGAUGGCAACAGGAACAAUGUGUCGGACAAACUGGUGGUGUCCCUCGUCUCGGUAUCAGAGGCCAGUGUCUUCAAGACUCUCCGGUCGCCUCAUCUCCAUCUUCCCUGCUGGCCUUAACGUCGGAGCAACUUGGAGCAAGCGCCUGGCCUAUGAGCGCGGCAAAGCCAUGGGUUUCGAGAGUCGCGACAAAGGCGUCACCGUGCAACUUGGACCCGUCGCAGUCUCCUCAAGGAGGUCGUAACUGGGAGGGCUUCAGUCCCGAUCCGUACCUCACUGGUAAAUUGUUCGCAGACUCCAUCCGAGGCAUUCAAAGCACUGGCGUACAAGCAUGCGCCAAGCACUAUGUUGGCAACGAGCAGGAGCAUUUCAGACAAACGCCCGAAGCCCAGGACUACGGUUUCAACAUCACAGAACCUGGGUCUUCAAACAUCGAUGAUCAAACACUCCAUGAGGUCUAUGCCUGCCAACGUUGCCUCAGUCAUGUGUUCUUACAACCUGCUCAACAACUCGCAAGCAUGCCAGAACAGCUACCUUUUGAACCACGUCCUCAAGGAGGAGCUCGGCUUCCAGGGAUACGUCGUACGAUUCGGAGACGGCGAAAGUUACUUCGGGCCCAACCUCACCAUUGCGGUACUCAAUGGCACGGUGCCGCAAUGGCGUCAUGGACUCCUUAUACUAACGGAGCCGUUCAUGCCCACGUCGGACCGACUUGGGGUACUGGCGUUGUCAACCAACAUGUCGACGUUCGCCGAAAGCAUGGAGCACUCAUCCGAGAGAUCGGCGCUGCAUCUACUGUCCUGCUCAAGAACACGAAAGGAGCUUUGCCCUUGACGAACACGGAGAAGCUGACUGCAGUCAUUGGCGAGGAUGCCGGCUCCAACCCGACCGGGCCCAACGGUUGCAGAAACCACGGCUGCGACAUUGGAACCCUCGGCGUUGGCUGGGGUAGUGGUCAAGGAAACUUCCCUUAUUUGAUCAGUCCUGAUGCAGCUAUCCAGCACGAGGUGACAUCUCGCUACGGUUCCUACGAGGCGAUUACCAACAACAGCGCAUUCACUCAGAUCGAACUCCUCUCCAAACGUGUGACCGAAGCGGCCGGUGUUUGUUUGGUGUUCGCGAACGCCGCUUCAGGAGAGGGUUUUAUCAACAUUGAGAACAACUUUGGCGACCGCAAGAACUUGACCUUAUGGCAAGGUGCAGACGCCAUGAUCGCAAACGUCUCGGCAAACUGCAACAACACGGUGCUUGUGCUCCACACAGUCGGUGCUGUAGAGAUCGAUCAGUACAAAGACAACGAGAACAUCACUGCCAUCCUCUGGGCCGGUCUCCCAG